AUGUCUGCGCCGUGGCCCUCGCUGGACAGCCCUUUCCAGCCCUCGCCCGACCACGACGCCAUUCUGGAGCCCUCGCUGCAUCUCUCGCCGCGCGCUGCGGCCGCGCGCCAGGGCAUGCUCGCCGACCCCAUAUUCCCAGCCCUGAAGAACGAUGCCCGCAGCACCCACAUGGAGUCGCCCGAGGAGCUGCAGCGCAACGACCCGCUGGGCACGCAGAUAUGGAAGCUGUACAGCAAAACAAGGACGCAGCUCCCCAAUGCAGAGCGCAUGGAGAACUUGACAUGGCGCAUGAUGGCCAUGAGCAUGCGCCGUGCCGAGCGCGAGCGCAAUAAAGGGUAUGAAUGCCGCAAUGUGCAACGCAACAUGACAGAGCCCCGCUCGCUCCCAACUCGCUCCGUUGACGCUGCUGACGAUGCUCCUCCUGCGCGUAGCCACGCCGAGCGCGAACAGAUGAGGCCCGCGCCAAUGGCUGCCCCCCCACAGCCACAGCUCAAGAGCGCUCCGAGCGGCAUUGCGCAACAGCUGCGGCGCUCUGUCGACCAGCAGGCACAGGCCCCUCCGGUUCCUGACCCCAAUGCCAUGAACCUCGACGACUUCAUCCAGCCGUCGUCGGUCGGUAGCCCGGCUGGCCUGCCGCCCUCGCCGCUGCCGUCCUCGUCGACUGCUGCUGCCACCCAAGCUGCCAUCCCCAUCAGGAAGGCUAACCAACACCACGACCAUGACCAUGACCAUGACCAAGACCUUUCGCUCGCCCGCGCUUCCGCUCCCUCCGUGCCGCCUGCCAUCCACCGCGAUCGCGACAAUGAAUUUGGCUACGUCCAGCGCCGUGUCCGCAAGACGUCGAUUGACGAGCGACGACCGCCCAAGCGACGCGCAGAGGCUUCUCCCCUGGUGCCUCCCGUCAACAGUACCAUGAUUCCGAGCAAUCCUGACGAUGAAGCUGCUCUUCACCACUACUCGCUCGACCAGUCGUCGUUGCAGCCACCCUCCUUCAGUACCCCGCAACCCCAUGUGCCCUUCGCUAUAGACACUUCCAACUUCCAACUGCCCGAGGACCCUAUCAUUAGCUCUGCUGGCCCUUUUCAGCAGCAGUUUGGCUUCUCUCCCGUUGGGUCGCCGCUCAUGUCGCAGAAUGCCUCGUACUCCAACCUCUUCAACGGCCCCUCCAUGGCCUCCUCGCUCAACUCCACCGACUACUACUCCCCACCCAGCUCCGCCUUCCACUCCACCGUGUCGACGCCGCAGCCCAUACAAGACGAGGGCCAGAUGUACUUCGACCGCAACGGCAUGGACAUCCGAGGCAACAAUACCGGUCACAGCUUUGGACCCCACCGGCCGUCCAACCUCUCCAAUUCGAUGCAACCUCAGUACAUCUUCAACCCCAGCAGCAUGGGCGACUCCAUGUUCAGUGCCAUCACAAGCGCGCCCUCUUCUACACCCUUCUCGGCCUCGUCGUUCGGCCAGUCUAGCCAUGUCGACCCUACUCAAGUCAUACACAACACCCUCCCUUAUCGGCAAGAGCACAUGCCAUAUUCACGCAACGAAAACAUGUUUACCUUUGGUGCAGACUCGGAUAACGAGGAUGAUGAGGGCGCGUUCGCAGACCGAACAAUACCGAACCAAGCAGACUACUCGUCGCCCAUGGAUGAGGGCUCGGUCGACUUCAAUGCUGGGUUUCAGUGGGAGACGGAUCUGUCCAACCAGUUCAACCCUAUUCCAGCUCGCUUCCCUGCAGGUCCUCCGCGCAAGACCGUUACUAUCGGCCCAACGGAGAUGAUGCCUUCGCCACAGGAACACUGGGGUGUGAGCAGUAGUCUGGGUCGCACACACGGCUCGGCAGCCUCAGUCAGCGACAUUCGAAAUCGUGGAAACGAUCCUCGACGUGGGAAGAUACCCCGCACAAGUUCGACGCCCAAUGCAGCUGCUUUGGCUCUACAGGGAAUACAUGGCCACUCACAAUCGUCACCGAAUACUCCGCCAGAAUCCGGCUUGAGCUCUGCAGCGCCUUCACGGCCAGCUAGUCCUGGAGGAACUAAGCAGGGUGAACAAGGCAGCGCGCCGACAACCUGCACCAACUGCUUCACACAGACUACUCCCUUAUGGCGUCGUAACCCUGAAGGUCAUCCUCUAUGCAACGCAUGUGGCCUGUUUCUUAAGUUACAUGGAGUCGUGCGACCACUAUCACUCAAGACGGAUGUCAUCAAGAAGCGCAACCGUGGCAGCGGGACGGCUCCUGUCGCAGGGUCUUCGUCGCGAGCAGCGAAAAAGUCGUCGCGGAAGAACUCUCUUGCACAGACCCCCGUGUCAACACCAACAUCUGCCAAGGGUACAGAUUCGGAGUCUCCAAAAUCGACUGGCUCUGUUGCGCUUGGGGCGGCUGGAAACAGCGUUAAUACUGCCACUUCCCCCGCGAAAACUGGCGGUGUAGUUCCCAUAGCACCCGGUCCGCGCAAACCACCACCCAGCAACGUCUCAGGCACCACGCAAGGACGCGGAGCCAACGUGGCACCCAAACGAGCUCGAGGGCAGAGCAAGAGUGGCUCGCAGGAGCUAGAAAUGGCAGAUGCUGACGACACAAACGGAAAAGCACCCCCCAGUGCUCGGAGGAAGGAGUCCGUAGUCGCCCCGAACAUGAUACCGAACCAGAACCUCGGCAGUCUUCCCAUGGGCGCUAUGGGACAAGGCCUUUCGUCGGCAUCAGGGCCUCAAGAAUGGGAGUGGCUCACCAUGUCUCUGUGA